AUCCAUCUUUCUUUUUGGCGUGGCGUCGGUCGACAACGGUCGUGCUCGUGGCGUGGACUGAAUCUGUUAUUGAUUAAUUUUAGAUUGUUGUUUGAACGCGUCAACUUUGCUAAAAAGUGGUGUUAUUUAUUGCAUUUUGAUUUUAAUUUUAUAAAUCUUAACCGCGGUCACAAUGCCGCAAAGGCCGCAACAAAACGGAGACGACGGUUUUGAUGAGCCUGAAGUACAUCGUAAAAUCUUCAUUGGCGGUCUUAAUUACCGCACUUCGGAUGAGUCUCUAAAAGCGCAUUUUGAGAAAUGGGGAGAAAUUGUGGAUGUCGUUGUAAUGAAAGACCCCAAAACAAAGAGAUCCCGUGGUUUUGGCUUCAUUACGUACUCGAAGGCGCACAUGGUAGAUGACGCUCAAAACAAUCGCCCCCACCGGAUCGAUGGACGUAUUGUUGAAACCAAACGAGCUGUGGCAAGACAAGACAUUAAAAACCCAGAAGCAGGUGCCACUGUAAAAAAGCUGUUUAUUGGGGGGAUCAAGGAUGACCAUGAUGAAGACCAGUUGAGGGAGUACUUCUCCAAUUACGGAACUGUUCAGAACGUUAGCAUAGUUACAGACAAGGGCACUGGAAAGAAAAGGGGAUUCGGUUUUGUAGAAUUUGACGAUUAUGAUCCAGUUGACAAGAUUUGUUUGAAUGCACCCCAUAAAAUUAAUGGAAAACAACUGGAUGUCAAGAAAGCCUUGCCUAAAGAUGGCUCUGAUCAAAGGGGAGGCAGACAAGGUGGCGGCAGAAGUGACAAUUGGGGUAAUGGAGGUGGCUAUGGAAAUAACCAGGGUGGGUGGAACAAUUCUAACCCAUGGGAUAACAAUCAAGGGGGUUGGGGAGGUAGCCAAGGAGGUGGUGGCGGCUAUGGGGGUGGCGGAAACCAACGUGGGGGCUGGAGUGGUGGUGACCAAGACUUUGGUAGCUACAACCAACAAGGUUACAGCGGGGGUCCAACUCGUAACCAACAGCAGUAUAGCAAUAACCGUUCCACUCCGUACAAUGUGAACCAAAGCAGCGGAGGCGGCGGCGGCGGUGGCUAUGGAGGAGGAAACUACGGAGGAGGCCAGGGCAGAGGAGGACGCUUCUAAAUUCCGGUUCGUGCUAAGUCCACUAGUAGUGCAGAGUAUAUCGUGCUAGUGUAGGCUACGCUCCGGAGCACUAGUUACUCUACUCUGGUCUACACGCGAGACCACCUAGGAGAAGCCGUCAGGAAAACCAUAGAUGUAGUCGACUUAUCUGUUAGAAAAUAUAGAAUAUUUUAAAUGUGUACUGAAUAUGUAAGUUCUUCUAUUUAUUGUAGUACUUGGGUACUUACCGUGACAUACUUUUAACUUGUAAGGAUAAUUGGCAUAGUUUUGUGAAGUUAAUAAUAUAGCUGAUACUUUUUUUUACAGAUAUAUAAGUACAAUUUAGGUUUUAUCUUGUAAGAAAUCCUUGGAUUAGAAGCUAGGUAACUCAGUUAAGGCGACAUUGAAUAUAAUAUGCAUCAUGACUAUUGAUUUGCUGUCUUAUACUCAGUAUUAAGUUCUCAAAUAGCUGUUAUAUGAUAGGUUUAGUGAACAUAGGCUAAUUUAUGUAAUAAAAAUUUUAAACAGA